AUGGGAGACGUGGUGAUACUGCCGUACAACGACACCCUCCAGUGCCUACUCCAUAAAUUCAUCGGCGGCAUGAGAUGGGUGAUCGAGUAUAGUCCCAACGUGCGAAGCGUCGUCAAGAUGAACGUCGGCGUACACCCGUUCGAGCUCCGGCGAUACCUGGAAGAGGAGCUGCCCCUAAAGGACAGCUAUAUGCACUGCUACGUUAUGCUCGAGAUGGUGUACCGCGAGUCAUUUGAGAGGUUCUGCCUGCAAGAGGACGACUUUGUGCAAGAUGAUUAUCCUACGUCCUGUUCGGGUCGCGCCGUGAUACUGACCGUAGACACGAUGCUCAAGCUUUUCAGAGCCUCGAAGAUUGUAGGGGCUUCCACCACGGACGACGCCUACCUGACCGGACAACUCGCCUUGUUCGCCAACAUAGGGCACAUAUCUAUCGACUCCAGGAUAGAUUGA